AAGUUUGAAUUUUUAUCUCCACAAAAUUAUUAAAUUGCUCUCUCCUUCCCUCCAAAAAUAAAAUAGCACAGUACAUUUAUAUAGCCAAACCCAAUAGCGCAAAAUCUCAAAAUCCAAACAGCCCCUUACAUACCCACUACCCGUUUCGUCGACCCCCAAUGCUUCGUCGACACAACCAUACUCAUAAUCCCCCCUCACCGUCACCGAUCUCUUCUCCUAACCCUAAUUCCCACCCCGCCGACACCGCCGCCGUAUCACAUUCCGGCGCCAUGUCCGACGACAAAUCCCCUUCUCCGCCGGAGGCGGCACUGACGGUUACUCCGGCGGUGUCAUCUCGGACGGCAGCUUUUCCGGCGAGAGAAGAUUGCUGGUCGGAAGCAGCGACGCAUACGUUGAUUGAAGCAUGGGGUGGCAAGUAUGUUGAGCUGAAUAAGGGAAGUCUAAGGCAUCAGCACUGGGAAGCAGUUGCUGAUGCUGUAAAUGCUCUUCAUGGACAUACGAAAAAGCAGUACCGUACAGAAAUGCAGUGCAAAAACCGCAUUGAUACUUUGAAGAAGAAGUAUAAAAUCGAGAAGGCUAAAGUUUCUGAAUCUCCCGGUCGGUAUUUCUCUACCUGGCCGUUUUUCAGUAGCCUUAAUGCCCUCCUAGGCGUUACUGUUAAAGCUUCUCCGCCGCCGCCGUUUACUCAACGGAGAACGCCGACGCAGCCGGUAAUGCCACCUCAUCAAUGGAGAGCGCCGCCGAGGCCGGAAAUGCCACCUCUUCAAUGGAGACCGCCACCGCCGGACACGUCACCUCUCGAAUGGAGAACGCCGUCGCAGCUUCCUCCACCACUUUUGGGGGUACCAGUUGCCUCCCGGACGAAGCGGCCAGGGGCAACUAUAGACUACACGGUAUCACGGAGAAACUUCUCAGCAAUGGCAGCAGCAGCAGCGGGUUCGUCUGAUGAUUCAGAGGAGGAAGAGGAGGAGAAGGAGGAAUCAGAGACGUCGAGUCUAGCAGCAUCAGCAAUGGCCAAUGCUGCUAGUAAAAGCAAGAGAAAGAGGAAUGGGGGUUUAGUAGAGGGUUAUAAGAUGCUAGCUGAGGCAGUAGGAAAGUUCUCCGAAACAUAUGAAAGGAUUGAAAAGGCGAAACAGAGGCAAAUGGUGGAGUUGGAGAAGCAAAGAAUGCAAUUUACAAAGGACUUGGAGAUACAGAGAAUGAAACUGAUGAUGGAGUCACAAGUGCAUCUUGAAAAGCUUAAACGUUCUAAUAAACAGUUUAGAAGAUGAUAAUUGCUUGUAGAUGGAGGGUGGUGAUAUUCUCUACAAUAUUAUGCGGAUCUUUUAUAUACGUUUCUACGUAUAUAUUGAUUAGCGUCUUCACACGGAUGCCAAUCUGCUAUCUUGAAGAUGAAUCAAAGAUGUUAGUUCCAGACUUGGUCGUUUCUCCAGAACUCGUAUCUAGCUGCUUGAAUAUCUGGAGUAAUUUUGUAGCUAUCUUUCUCUAGGUUAGACCUCUUUUGCACUCCAGCUAGGUGAAAAUGUUGACUUGAGACUUACUGUGUUCUUAGCAACUAUAUAUAUAUAUAUUCUAAGCUUCAAGCUGUUGAUGAUGACUAUCCA